CUUUAAACCUCUGCUGAGUCACAUGAGCUGAUCUCUCCUUAGACACAUGAAGUCACAUGACUGAUCCCAGAGUCAGAGUGUCUCUCCCAGACUUCUCAGAGUGCACCUUGACAGCCUCACCUGGAGGUGUGCACAUGUGGGCCUGCCCCACCUGUCUCUCAUCUUCUCUCUGCAGUUGUGGGCUCUGCCCCCAAGUGCACAUCACGGGGCCAGAGGAGGAUGGGGUACGCGUGGUGUGCACGGCCUCGGGCUGGUUCCCAGAGCCUCAGGUGCAGUGGAGACAGCCCCGUGGGGAGCAGUUCCUGGAGUUCUCCAAGGUCCAGGCACAGGACACUGAGGGCCUGUUCAGUGUGGAGGCCGCUCUGGUGGUGAGAGACAGCUCUGCGGGGAGCGUGACCUGUUCCAUCCUCAACCCUGUCCUGGGUCAGGAGAAGGUCAUGGCCAUUGUCAUCCCAGAGCCCUUCUUCCCCGGGCCUCUCCUGGAAGCCAGCUUUCCUG